AUGUCGGUGGGGGUCGUUGUCAUGGCCAACAACACGGGUGGCAACCCUAACAUCAAGGCUUAUGACUACGGCUGGAGCCAAUCUGAGACGAGCACCAUCCUGAGCUCCUUCUUCUGGGGCUAUGUGGUGAUGUUGGCGCCUGCCGGAUGGGUGGCGGACAGGUUCGAUGCGAAGAACUUGUUUUCGGCCUCGCUCAUCCUCUCCGGUAUCCUCACCAUGCUCACAGAGGUGGCUGCAGACACUGGCGGUGUGGUGCUCGUCUGUGCGUUCAGAGUAGUCAUGGGUAUCUCUCAGAACGGGCUACUUUCUGCACUGCCGUACGUCGUUAACUGUGUCCUGAGUCUUGCCUUCAGCUGGAUCGUCAACAGUGUAGAGAAGAAGCAAAUACUCAGCAGGGGGGCCUUAAGGAAGGUGUUCAACUCCAUUGGUUACUGGCUCCCAGCCGCGGCUUUAGUUGCCCUCAGCUUCAUCUCAGUGGAGGACCCAACGGCAGCUGUGAUCUUGCUGACUGUCUCCGUUGGUUUUAAUGGUUUCACCAUCAUGGGCUUCCAGAUGAACCUUAUCGACAUCGCACCGAACUUCUCUGGCCUGAUGAUGGGUAUUACUGGUUGUAUCGGGACACUGAUGUCCGUCGCUGCACCACUCUACGUGGGUGCUAUAGUAAACGAGAACACCAUUCAAGAGUGGGGAACUGUGUUCCUCUCGGCAGCUGGAGUCUACUUUGUGGGCAAUCUGAUUUUCGUUAUUUUUGCUAAAGGCGAAGUUCAACCUUGGAACGACCCUAACUAUUCUAAAGAAAAGAAAACAGAAACUACAGAGAAAGUUGCUGCAUGA